UAUAAAUUCGAACCCAUUCUGCAUAUAGCUGACGACAAUUGACAAACAGCCGAAAAACGACGGUGUAAGGGCGAUCAAGCGUGUUAACGGCGAUUGAGGAGUGAAGGGGACUGGGCCUUUUUCCUCCUUCCUUUGGAACCAUCAAACUCCUAUUGAUUCCACGGCAUUGGUGACUGGUCCGGCCAAAUGAUCUGCGCUUUUGUAGCCGACAAAUAGAGCAAAUUGAACUUAGCGCUGAGUGAUUAAAACGAGCUGAUUCUGAAAUUCGCUUUUUUCCCGAAGGGCAAUUUCGGCUAAAUUUUACAAUCUAAAGAUGAUCUGAGAUGAUCAGGAAUUUGAAGAGGAUCCAGACCAAGAUUUAGAGGAUCAUUUGAGUGCAUAGACAACAUUCAAACUUCCAAUGGCAUCUUUUCCUCCAUCUCCAGAACUUGAUGUGCAACCAAUUCAUGGACUAACAACAGAACUUUCUCUCGGGAAGGAUAAUAUUGUUGGGGAGGAACCUGAAUGGGAUACAAAAGAUGAAUUCUGCAACAGAACAGAGACAAAAUCUCUGGGGCAAUCUUUUAUUCCCUUACUAUCAUGCCAUGAUAAAGAUGUUACUGAACUGAUUGAGGAUCAAAGUGAAAACGCUUCACAACAGCACAGGCUCAAGUCCUUCUCCAACCUUUAUGGGGAUGAUCAUGGCUGCUUGAACCAAAAAAAGAGGGCAUUGAAUGUAGAGGCACUUAAGCCAUCUGAUCAAUUACAACAGAAGUUUCGGAGCCAGGGAGAUAUUAAAUGUGAAUCAGAUUUUACGGAUGCUAUAAGAGACUCUGAGAUUGGGAAUGGAGCUUUGAAGAGUCCACAGAACAGUAGUGAAAGUAAUCUGCUGGAGGAGCGUGCUGGGAGUUCUCGAACUGGAGCUUUGAAGAGUACACGGAAUGGUAGUGAAAGUAAUCUGCUGGAGGAGCGUGCUGGGAGUUCUGGAAAAUGGAGGCGUACUCGCUUGGCUUCUGAACAAUCAUGUGAAAUAGGUGAAAGUGAUGGAACUAAUAAAAGAAGGAAAACCAGAUGGGAUGUUGAUGAUGCUCAGAUAAAAUUGCUUGGUCCCAUGCAUCUUUCUGAAUUUUAUAACAAGUGCAAAGAGUCUGAAUUGGAUCCAGAGAUUAACGAUUUGAAAAUGCAACUUGUGGAGAUAAAUAGCAAGCUCCAAAGCUCAGACGUUCAGGAUGAUAGGCCCGAGGAAGAAAGAUCUCCUUCCCCAGAGCCUAUGUACAACAACCUUGGCAUAAGAAUAAAUACACGUGAGGUGAGGCUGCGCAGAAGACUUUCAGAUGAGCGUACACUUAUUAUCUCCAAGUUAGUAGAGAAGAACCCUACAUUUAAAAGUCCUUUGAAGCCAAAGCUUACUAAGCUUUUUAAGAAACUUUACGUUCCAGUGAAAAAGUAUCCAACAUACAAUUUUAUUGGUCUUAUAAUUGGUCCACGAGGAAAUACACAGAAGAAAAUGGAGAAGGAAACUGGUGCAAAAAUUUACUUGAGGGGCAAAGGUGCUCUAAAAGCUUUGGAGAAACGAGGACAAGCUGGCAAUGAAGAUUUGCAUGUCCGUGUGGAAGCUGAUAAUAAAAGAUCCUUGGAUGCUGCAGUAGCAAUGAUAGAGAAGCUUCUGAUUCCUUUUGCUGAUGGAGUCAAUGUUCAUAAAAGAGCUCAACUAGCCGAGCUUGCCAGAUUGGAGGGAACUUACAAGGACAAGAAUACAUGCAAUACCGGCAAGGAGCAAGGACACAGAGAAUACGCCUGCCCCUUCCGAAAAUCCACUUUUAGGGGGAUUACUUGCGACUCAUGUGGAAGUUUUUGCCAUCCGACAUCAAAUUGCCCAAUGUCAUCUCAAUCAUACAAGCCGUCAUGGAACUCUUUUGGACUUGGCUGUAAGGCUUGCUGGGCAUCCACAUCCAGCAGUAGCAGAUAAAGUGCCGUCAAGCAAUCCUGUUAUCUGAUUUGGGCCCCAAUCAGCUUUCUCCUGUAGCCAAUCGCAAGUUCUUGUUUACCACUCCCAGCUGCAUGGAUGCUGCCACAAACUCAAUCAUCCAUUGUAAGCUGUCUAGGCCUAACUUUUCCUCUUUCCUCAACCUGCUCUGGGCCUGGCUGGCAUCGGAUUUUCCAAAAGAGAUUCUGAAGAUCUCUCUCUCCCUCUGUUGUUGGUUCAACUGAUACAAGCAGCAUUCCUUUCUCCUAUCAGAAUUCUGAUGCUUAUUGGUCAACCUCUCGCUUUGCUUGACGAUUCAUGGAUUAAAAAGUCCGCAGCUCUGACUGCUGAUGUUGUAAUAUCACUGUUGAGCAAUUUGGCAUCUGGGCCUGCUGAAAUAUUCGCCAAUUGUAUGUAUAUAUGCUUCGAGAUUACCUAAUAUCAUCAGCUAUGUAGUGCGAAAGUGGCUAUCAUUACGAGUGGGUACUUGUAUUAUAGUAUCGAUAGUGACAUAUGACGAACAAUAUCACCAAUGAAAUUUUCCCAAGGGGCCCCGAUU